AGUUUUGUGGUUUAGUCUUUAUGUCAUAUGGUCGUUUUCUUUUCAAAUAGGUUUUGUCGAACAACAUGCCGGACAAGAUGCGAUAUUUUGAUAAAAUGAAGUAAAUAAAAAUGGUUAUAAGAAAAAAACUAACAUCACCCGCCACCUUUGUUUGUUAAUUUAAUUAUCAGUUUGUGACUGGUCUCGCAUUAAAAAUUUUUUUUAAUUAUUUUUUAUUUUUAACUCGAUACGUAUCUUCUAUCUCCUCCCUGCAAGCUGCAAAACGAACCACCUCCCGAGAUCUGAAAAUUCUUAACAUCUCCACUCAAAGAUCCAAUCAUGGAUUUCAUGAAGGUCUUCGAUCAAACAGUCCGCGAAAUAAAGAGAGAGGUUAAUCUCAAGGUCCUGAAGGUUCCUGAGAUCGAACAGAAGGUGCUGGAUGCAACUGAUGAUGCUCCUUGGGGUCCUCAUGGCACAGCAUUGGCAGAGAUUGCACAGGCCACUAAGAAAUUCACCGAAUGUCAGAUCGUUAUGAAUGUUCUGUGGGUAAGAUUAGGCGAGACAGGCAAAGACUGGCGACUGGUCUAUAAGGCAUUAUCUGUUAUUGAGUAUUUGAUUGCACAUGGAUCUGAACGCGCUGUUGAUGACAUAAUAGAACACACAUUCCAGAUUUCAUCACUUUCAAGUUUUGAAUAUGUUGAGCCAAAUGGAAAAGAUUCAGGGCUUAAUGUGCGGAAGAAGGCAGAAACUAUAGUGGCCCUCUUGAAUGAUAAGGAAAAAAUACAAGAAACCAGAAAUAAAGCUGCCGCAAAUCGUGAAAAGUACUUUGGUCUUUCAUCUACUGGAAUAACUUACAAAUCAGGUUCAGCCUCAUAUAGUGGCAGCAGCUUCCACAGUAGAAGUAGUACAAGAGACAAUGAUAGUUUUAGAGAUGAUUAUAGAGAUAAAGAUCGUUAUGGAGAUGAAAAAAGUGAAAAAGAUAUCUAUGUAAAGUCACGUCAAGCGGGUAAGAGUGAUGAUCAAGGGAACACGUUGAAGAAGGGCUCUACGCGUGUUGGAAGGGAUCAGAAUAAGUUGUCAAUCAAUGCAUCAAAAUCACCCUCUAAGUUAAAUGACACUAACAAGAACAAUUCAGUUCCUGCUCAACUCUCAAGGACGACUACAAGUAAUUAUGACGAUGACUUUGAUGAUGAUUUUGAUCCCAGGGGAACUUCCAGCUCUAAGUCUGCUGCUGAAACUUCUAACAAAGUUGAUCUGUUUGGACAAAGUUUGAUCGGUGACCUCAUGGAUGCACCAACAUCUAUUCCCACAGAAACGUCAGCCAUAAGUGGCAAUUCACCAGAUGUUGAUCUGUUUGCUGAUGCAACAUUUGUAUCAGCACCACCCCAAGUUGAAAAGGGAGCAAGUUCUCAAUCUCAGACCCAGGUUGAUCUGUUUGCUUCACAAUCUGAUGUCCAUCCUGUAGUUCCUGCAACAGUUGAUUUCUUUUCCACUGGCGAUCCAGUUAUGCAACCGGAGACCAAGACUCAAAAUUCUGAUCCAACACACAAUGGCGUUGUUGAUCCAUUUGCUGCAGUCCCAUUGAAUAACUUAGAUGGAUCGGAUCUUUUUGGUGCAUUCUCCUCUAGUUCUAAUUCAGCUUCUAUAGAACCCACUCAAAGUCCUAUAAAUGAUGGAGGCCUUAACAAUUUGAUUGUGAAGGCUUCGGACCCAAAGCCUCCACCAAAGAAAGACACUUUCCAGGUUAAGUCUGGAAUAUGGGCAGAUUCACUAAGUCGUGGACUGAUUGAUCUUAAUAUAUCUGCACCUAAGAAAGUAUCUCUAGUGGAUAUUGGUGUUGUGGGUGGUCUAAGCGAAGGACAAGAUGAAAGGGAAAAGGGACCACCAACUUCAUUUUAUAUGGGAAGAGCUAUGGGCACUGGGUCUGGUCUCGGUAGAUCUGGUUUUACUUCACAGUCACCGGCUAUGGAUGGUGCAGACUUCUUCUCGAGCCUUGGCAACCAACAACACCAAUUUGGUAGUUUUAAGAAGUAAAUUUUGGUUUUCUAUUUGGCAUUUUGCCCUUCAUUUAUCUUCUCAAUAUUCUUUUGGCCGUGUGGUAAAGAUAAUUUUAAGCGAUGAGCAUAUUGGUGUGCUAUAAAUCUUGCUCAUGCAUCAAAACUACUUUACAAUGAUUUGAUUAUGUAUCUAUCAUGAGUGGAUCAGUUUACGGAACUGCUUAUGUUCAUUUCAUUCAAUAUCGUACAUUCGUACUAAUGUCCUUUGUAAAGUCGAUGGUUUUUUUUUAAGGCAUUGUUUGAGAAAUUAGAUCAGUACUUUUAUGUUCUUAUGGA